AUGAAUCACAAUGAAACAUGGAAACGUGGAAUUGUUCGUUCUAAACAUCAAGCUCCAAGAUCAUACAUUGUUGACACAGAGGAUGGUUCAACUUUAAGACGGAACCGAAGAGAUCUCAUCUACGCCAAAGAAGAUCCACCUAUAUGCGCAGCACCAGUAGAUGAUAGCACAGAUCAUUUUUCACCAUUAGAGGCAACACAACCACAAAGGUUGGAAUCCCCAAUUCACCCUCAGUGCAACAGUCCAACAGAUGACACCACACAGUCUUCCCAAGAAUCCAUCCUGAAGACACGGAGUAGUCGUUCAUCAAAACUCUUUUGCAAAAAUUACCCUGGAGCUGAUUGUGGCAGUGACCAUAACCCAGUUAUUUGUAGAAUCAAGAUAGAGUUAAAAAAAAUCAAGUGUGAAGUGGCCCAAAAAAAUUUGAAUUUUGUCACUCUGUCACAAAAUGAUGAGAUCAAGUAUAUCGUUUUCAGUUAUUGA